GCAAGUUACAGAGGCGCCUCUAACUGCCCGUGGAAAUGGUGGUCAUGACUGAGCCGGCCUGUGAGUCUCACGAGCCAAUGCUCCUUCUCUCCAGCAAGGAAAACAAACCAGUCCGCUUAGUCUCUGAGACCGAGAAUGGGACAGAGGAAAGGAAAAUUGGUAAAUCACCAUGCACCACUCCACAGAUUCGGAUAAAUGAUGCAGACUUACUAGACAGCAAAGGAAAGCUACGUUUUUCAGGGCCCGGAAUCUAUGAAUCUGAACUAGUCUUUGACAUGAAGCAGGAACUGAAGCGCGAAAGAAAGAAAACCAAUUCUGGGCAGUUUUCAAAGUCAAAUGCGCAGUUCCACAAGCUGUUUAAGGAUAUCGCCAAAGAGGAGCCCCUAAUUGAAAGUUUUACCUGCGCUUUACAAAAGGACCUUUUAUACCAAGGAAAACUAUACAUUUCAGCACGCUGGGUUUGUUUCCAUUCAAAGGUUUUCGGAAAGGACACAAAGAUUACCAUUCCUGUGCUCACCAUAACUCAUUUCAAGAAAACAAAAACUGCACUUCUUGUGCCAAAUGCAUUAGUGAUCUCUACAAUCACAGAAAGGUUUAUAUUUGUGUCUUUGUUAUCCCGAGAUACAACAUACAAGUUAUUGAAAUCUAUCUGCGGUCAUUUAGAGCUGGGUGGAAGCACUGGAAACAGUCCAAAUCCUUCUCCUAUUGAGCAAAGUUACAGAACAGACAGGCCCAACUCAUUUCCCCUUGAUUUUAAUGUAGACUUUUCGGAACUAGAUGGCUUGAUGCGACAAAGGAGAAAUGAUAUUGAAGACUGCAGCAGUACUGGCUCCCAAAGCGCAGAGUCUGAAAACUCACAAGAAUUCAGUCAAUCUCAGAAUGUACCAAAAUCACAGCAAGUGCUAAACCAAGGUGAUGUGUUCACAGUCCGAACGCAAGAGCGAAUCGACAUAACUGAACAUAGGAAAGGUCCUUGGCGGUUCUGGGCAUGUCUGAAUAUUUGGAAGAUGCUGUCAAUGAAUUCCCUGCUAUUUAUCUACGCAAUUAUUGUGUGCAUUCUCCUUUUCUCAACUUUAUAUAUGCAUUCAAGAAUUGAACACUUGGAAGAGAGGCUGUCUUUAACGGGCUCCACUAAAGAUUCUCAAUUAAAUCUAUGGUCUGUAGAAAAAGCUGUGGAAGGCUGGCCAAUCAAUUUUAAUACCAUAUGUGGUGAAUUAACAGACAAUUUGGAAAAGCUAGACAAGAUCCAAAGGAAUCUACAAAAACUCCUGGAAGAUUCUGAAUAGCUUUAGAUGAGCUUAAAGAUGGACGGACCUUUAUAAUGAAGUCAUUGUUGCACCCAGAAGCCUUCAGAUAAGCCACUGCUGGACGGGGGCCGUACUACUGAAUCUGUUCAGGAAGCCGUAGCUUCUAUCUCAGGAAGAUUUGUUCAGUAGAUAAAACCAUGAUCACUAGCUUUAUAUAGGAAUAAUAAUAUUUCAAUUCACUGUGAAGAUAAUGGACUAAAUAUUUUGCACAUGACUAAUUCAUAACAAACACUCCUUUUUUUAUGUGUUCUUUAUCUCUAGUGGUUGGUGUAAGCCAAAGAUAUGAUACUUUUGUUCUUUGGGUCUUGUGUUCCAGUUCAAGCAAAACCAAACAGCCAUUUUGGACCUAUAGGGUAAUGUAAAAGUUUGGGGAGGGGGAGACUGUCCCUUUGCCAUGAUUGUUUGUUUCAAAGACAAUUAUAGAAAUGUUUUAUUAUUAUUAAAAUGUACAUUCACCUGUAGUGUAAAAUCACACAGCAGAGCUCAACGCUUGCAAAGUAGAACAAGAUACAAAUAUGUCGGCCUCAUUCCACUGCUAAUGUGUGGUUUCUGUGACCACGUGUUUUGCACACUAAAUAGGGUGGCCGCCGCAUACACUAUAACAAUGGUUUCUCAAAAACAUUUCAUGCAGGUUCUUCAUUUUCAUUUUUUUUUUUUUUCAUGUUCUGUGUCCAUGCCGUACUGUUACAGCAACGCUGAUUUUGUGUGGCUUUUUCCUACAAUGUUACUAUAUUUUGAAUUAUAAAGAUUUCAGCACUUUUUUUUUUUUUUUUAUGUAUAUCCAAAACAAUGUUGACAUGGUUUGCGCCAGCUAUAGCAAUUCAUAGCAACCAAUCAGUUGGUUGUCAUGGGUUACUAGACCUGUGGCUUAUACUCAACCAACUAGUGUUUUUGCUACAGUUAGCAAUUCCUGUUUGACUUUGCAGUUCCCUGUUUCACUGUGUUACUCGUGUGGCUUCUAUAGUCAAAUAUACUGUUUUAGCUCCAGUUAUUUUAAUCCUCAUUAGCAUUAUCAUCGCCUUUCUAAGAUUGAACUGUAUUGGAGUUUAUUUUUUCGUGAAAAAGUAAUUUAUUAAAUAAAAUGGGAGCAAGGCAUUCUAUGUCAUGGUGCUUAAUUUCAAAUGAUGUACAGCAAAAAUAAAGGUUAAGUGGUACAUAUCAAAACAUGCAUUAUUUAUUAUGCCUUUUUAAAGCAACAUGUCCCAAAGACAGAUCGUAUUGUUUCAUAAGGCAUUAAGUGUGCUGUAUAGGAGCAAUGCCGGUUCAAUAUAAAUGUUUAAUAAAAAUUAAUAGAAAAUUGUUAACCUUUUAGCCAUUUCUGUGAAAUGUACAGUAUGUCAGAUUGCUACUUUUGGUAAAUAAACGUAAGUUAUCCGAGA